AUGUCUGGAACGUGGGCUAACGAAAUUGAACCUGAGUAUGUGCCGUAUUACAGCGGCUAUGGAGAUUAUGACAUGUCUCAUACAGGUGAUCCGCGCCAGGAUCUGGAAUAUGAGCGACAGUAUGCUUCUAGCUACAUCGUGCCAGAGGUGAUCAAGAACUUUCUGCUGUACUUCCAGAAGUACAUCAACCAGCAAGAUCUGCCUGAGAUUCAGAAUUCUUAUGAAAAUGGAUUCAACAAACUGACUGACCGUUUCUUCAAGACAAGUGCAUGGCCUGAGGCAGAAUCUGUAAUUCCUAUUGUUGGCAAUGAUAAACGCUUUCUGAUCCUGUACAAGGAGCUGUACUAUCGGCAUGUGUAUGCCAGAGUCUCUGGAGGGCCAACGUUGCAGCAACGAUUUGACUCUUACUACAACUACUGCAAUCUGUUCAACUACAUUCUGAAUGCAGAGGGACCUGUGCCUCUAGAGCUGCCUGACCAGUGGCUGUGGGACAUCAUUGAUGAGUUCAUUUAUCAGUUCCAGGCAUUCAGCAUUUUCCGCCACAAGUCAAUCAACAAGAAGACAGAAAAUGAGAUUGAAGUUCUGAGAACCAACCCAAAGAUAUGGAACGUGCACAGUGUCCUGAAUGUGCUGCACUCCCUGGUUGAGAAGUCAAAUAUCAACAAACAGCUGGAGGUGUACACAAGUGGAGGUGACCCUGACAGUGUUGCUGGAGAGUUUGGCAGGCACUCCCUCUAUAAAAUGCUGGGCUACUUCAGUCUGGUGGGCCUGCUGAGACUGCACUCUCUACUGGGUGAUUAUUAUCAGGCUCUGAAAGUGCUGGAAAACAUUGACUUCAACAAGAAGAGUCUGUACUCAAGGGUACCUGCCUGUCAGAUCACCACCUUCUACUAUGUGGGGUUUGCCUACAUGAUGAUGCGCCGCUACCAGGAUGCUAUUCGCACACUGUCCAACAUCUUGCUGUACAUACAGCGCACCAAGACCAUGUUCCAGAGUAGGGCUCAGUUGUAUGAUCAGAUCAGCAAGAUGAAUGACAAGAUGUACACACUGCUGUCUAUAUGUCUUGUGCUGUAUCCCAUGCGAAUUGAUGAGAGUGUGCACUCUCAUUUGAGAGAGAAGUACCAGGACAAGAUGAACAGAAUGCAGAAAGGAGAAAUGCAAGAAUUUGAAGCAUCAUUUGCUUUUGCUUGCCCCAAAUUCUUGUCACCAGUACCACCAAAUUAUGACUUGACUGGAGCGCAAACUCAGUUUAAGGAGCCCUUCCAGCUUCAGCUUUUGGUCUUCAAAGAUGAAGUGGAGCAGCAGAUUCAGAUUCCCACCAUUCGCAGUUACUUGAAGCUGUACACAACUUUGCCUAUUUCAAAGCUGGCUGCAUUCAUGGACAUGUCUGAUGACGAGCUGUGCACUCAUCUAAUGUGCUUCAAGCACAAGAUGAAGAACCUGGUCUGGAGUAAAGGAACCAGUGGACUUGAGGGAGAGUUCCAGUCAGCUUCAGAAGUGGAUUUCUACAUUGACAAGGAUAUGAUUCAUAUAGCUGACACUAAAGUAGCCAGAAGAUAUGGAGACUUCUUCAUCAGACAGUUUCACAAGUUUGACGAGAUAAUGCGAUCUCUGAAAGCUACAUAG